ACACCUGCCCCCUCCCCUCUUUCCUAGGAGCAUUAUUUUCCCCCGCUGUUUGCCAAUUCCCCUUGUUCGUCUUCGUCUUCUUCUCCGCGGCAGCCAGCAAAGAGGAGCGGAAGUGGAAAAGGAGAGGAGACGGCACGGGUCUCGCUGCAAGCUGCAGUUUCUUCUCCUUCUUUCGCGCGCGCAUUGCUCGUCCGUCCUCAGGUUCCACUCCGCAGAAACCCGCCCAGGGGGCAGAAGGACCGGCGAUGGGGGCUGGGGAGGAGGAGGCAGCAAUGGCGGCGGCGGAGGCCAAGGAGGAGAGGAUCAUGGUGUCCGUGCGGCUGCGGCCGCUCAACGGCAGGGAGGCCGGCGACUGCUCCGACUGGGAAUGCGUCAGCCCCACCACCGUCAUGUUCCGCAGCACCGUCCCCACCGCCUACACCUACGACAGGGUGUUUGGCCCCGAUUGCUCUACGAGACAGGUCUACGAGGAAGGAGCGAAAGAGGUCGCUCUAUCAGUCGUCAGUGGAAUUAACUCGAGCAUAUUCGCGUAUGGUCAAACAAGCAGCGGAAAGACUUACACGAUGACUGGAAUUACCGAGUAUAGUGUGAUGGACAUCUACGACCACAUAGAGAAGCACCCUGAAAGAGAAUUCAUAUUGAAAUUUUCGGCAAUUGAGAUAUACAAUGAAGCUGUGAGAGACCUUCUGAGCCAUGAUACAACACCUCUUAGACUUCUUGAUGAUCCAGAGAAAGGGACUACUGUAGAAAAACUCAUCGAGGAAACAUUGAGGGACAAGGACCAUCUCAGGGAUCUUCUUGCAAUGUGUGAAGCUCAAAGGGAGACAGGGGAAACUGCUUUGAACGAAGCGAGUUCUAGGUCCCAUCAAAUACUCAGGCUGACAAUUGAAAGUUCUGUUAGACAGUAUGUAGGAAGAGGGAAAUCCAGCACGCUUGUGGCUUGUGUGAACUUUGUUGACCUAGCAGGAAGUGAGCGCGCAUCUCAGACUGUUUCAGUUGGUAGAUUCAAAGAAGGUAGUCAUAUUAAUAAAAGUCUGCUGACACUGGGAAAGGUUGUACGCCAACUCAGCACGGGAAGAAAUGGCCAUAUCCCUUACAGAGAUUCAAAGCUGACACGCAUACUAUUCCUCUUUGGGAGGCAAUGCAAGAACUGCCAUUGUCUGCACAAUGAGCCCUGCACGCACUCAUAUGAACAAUCGAAGAACACACUUCUGUUUGCAACUUGCGCAAAGGAGGUAGUUACAAACGCACAGGUCAACGUAGUGAUCUCUGACAAGGCACUAGUGAAGCAUCUACAAAGAGAGCUUGCAAGAUUGGAAAGUGAGCUGAAAUCGCCGGAGUCACCCUCUUGCACUAGUCAUGCUGAAGCUUUGAGAGAGAAGGAUGCACAGAUAAAAAAGCUGGAAAAGCAGCUGAGGGAAUUGAUGGAAGAAAAAGAUACUGUUCAGUCCCAACUUAACUGUUUACUUAAAAGUGAUGGUGAUGACCGCACUGCAAAGCGAUGGGAUGAGCAUAGUCGGUCCUCAGAGUCUCUUGUGCGAAAUACACCUGAAGAAGCACUUUCUGUUUCAGAUACUUAUGGAGGUUCUUAUCGUGAUCAAGGUCAUGCAGUGUUUGAUGGAUCAUAUGUCUUCAGUGCUGAUCAUGAUGACUCAUCAUUCCCUGAUCAAACAAGGGAUCGGACGCUAACUUCACCUUGGCACCCUCCCAGCAACUAUAGCUCUGAUGGUACAGAGUCAUAUAACAUGAAAGAUGUAGCUUUUAGAACUGCAUCUGAAGUAUCUGAAGAACAUUGUAGGGAAGUACAAUGCAUAGAGAUACAUGAACAUAGAAGAUGCAUUAGCCACGAGCUUAACAUAUUACCCCCUGUGGAUACCAAGCUCCACAAACCUGAAGUAGUGGAGAUCUCUAGAGACGCACUCCCGCAACCUGACGAGGAGCAAAAAUUUGGGAGUAUAACAAAGAAAAUGGUAGAUCCUAUCAGGAUGUACUCUGACAAAGAGGAGCAACAGACCGAGAUCAUAGCAAAUGCAGUGGAAGGCCCCGUCGAAGUGCAUCAAUGUGAAUCUAAUGGCUUUGCGGACAACGUUGUCAAACUAUACACAUGUGAUUCUAGCAUUUCUUUGGACAUUAGCAAACCUUGCCCUCAUGAAUGUCUGACCGUAAAGAGGUUUAUAAUGAGCUCCAAGGACAGUGCAUUGGCUAGAAGUCAAAGCUGCAGGGCUAGCUUCACGAUCAUUCCAAAUAAUUGGUUUGAUGAUUCCGAGAACACUAGAAGGACACCACCUGAUGAAAUCUUCAAGUAUCCUUCUCGAAGGCCUGGUAAGGUUAGGAGAAGUCUGUAUUCAGAAAAUGAUGAUUGCCAAAACGACACCACUUCAGUGGACCACUCUGCUGUUUCUGCUGAAGUAGUUUGCGAUGAAGUAGUCAAGGACAUGAGCGUCAGUGAUGAAGGAGUCAAGGACAUGAGCGUUAGUGAUGAAGGAGCCAACGACAUGAGUGCAGAUGAUGCAGAACAAGACAUUCUUAUCAACGACGUCAGCUGUGUCAGAGGGCUGGAAGAGAAGACAGAAAAACACCACGAGGACCAACCUGAGGAUUUUAAGGCAGAGCAGCAAGCUGUUCGAGAUGACUCUACCGCAGUGAAAUCGGUCAAAGACGUCGGCAUAGAUUCAUCCCUGAGCACCAUCGAGUCCCCUUCCCGUUGGCCGAUCAAUUUCACAAGACAGCAGCUAGAGAUCAUCAAGUUGUGGUACGACUGCAAUGUCUCCCUAGUGCACAGGACCUACUUCUUCCUCCUCUUCAAGGGAGAUCCAGCAGACAGUGUGUACAUGGAAGUGGAGCACCGGAGGCUGUCCUUCCUCAUGAGCACGUUCAUUGCCAGCCCCGCUGCUGGCCCAGGCAAGCUCCAUCCCGACUUCGUAUCAAGUUUUAAGAACCUCGAGCGCGAAAGGGACAUGCUGUACAGGCAGAUGCUGAGGAAGCUGGGCGGCGAGGGCGAGAAAGAGAGCAUCUACAGCACGUGGGGGAUCAACCUGAGCUCGAAGCAGCGGCGGCUCCAGCUGUCGCGGCUAGUGUGGUCGCGGCGGGGCGACGUGGAGCACGUCCGGCAGAGCGCCUCGCUGGUGGCGAGGCUGAUCGACCCGGUGGAGCCCGGGCAGCAGGCCCUCAGGGAGAUGUUCGGGCUCAACUUCACGCUCGCCCCGCGCCGGUCUGCUCGCCGGUCUUCUUUCAGCCUGCUUGGUGGCGGCAUGUGAUCCCCGACACAUCAGACGCCCAAUGGACGAUGACGUGGCAAUAGGAGGGUUGACUUUAUUGGAGAUGGCAUGAUCGGCUGGUUGCUUGAUUCCAUUAACAUGGUUUGAUGCCUGAAUCGUGCUGGUCAUUCUUCUUUUGGUUGUUAGUGUGUGAUCUUUAGGGACAGUUCUGACUCUGAGUGUGUUGAGAUUGUAUGAGUGGGGGUUCAUUUCACAAACAAUUCAUGAAAGGCUUUGCCUGGAUGCUUUCCAGAAUCAUACUGUAGAACAUAGUACAUCACCUGAGGUAUUCACCAAGUUUUCACGUCAA